UUUUUUAAAAAAAAAACUUUUAUGAAAAUUGAGAAUGAAAGUACAAUGUGAGGAAAGUCAAAACAAUGCACGAGAAGGAAAGGAAACAAAAGAAAAAGAAAGAAAAGAAAACAGAUGCGACACAAAAGAACCAAACAAAUUAGUGCAGUGUGUGCGCAGCUUUAGCUCUACUGCGAGUGUAUCUCCUCUUCCAAACUGUAGCACUUGUGGUCUCAUUCAGCCGAUCCAGUAAUUCUUGUUCUGAUGGCAUUGAUCUUGAAGGGGUUUCAGAGUCAUCAUUUGGGAUAUCUGAUUCCCUAGGUUGUGAAGGAUACUCCAUGUAUGAGGCGGAGUCAUCCAUGUUCAUUUCGUGAGGGUUGUUAUGGGCUGGGAGAGCCACAGGGUCCUCGUUUCCAGAUGUGAUGUGCGGUUUGAUGGCACAAGUUGUCAAAAUAUCCAAGUCAAAGCAUGCUUUGAAGAUAGAUGUGAAGUUCUCCGUGUGUUCGUUGUUCCUGUCAAAAAAGAGGGGUCCUCGUUUCCAGAUGUGAUGUGCGGUUUGAUGGCUAAGUUGUCAAAAUAUCCAAGUCAAAGAAUGCUUUGGAGAUGGAUGUGAAGUUCUCUGUGUGUUCAUUGUUCCUGUCAAAAAAGAGGGGUCCUCCAGUGCUAAAUCAUGAAAUCUCACAAAGUUAGAGAAAAUAUUUAAAAAUUCAAUCAGGCUUGAUUUAUUCCGCCCCAUGGGAAUAAGGAUAGAGCUCCCCUUUUCCUUAGCUAUUUUUAAAAAAUUGCCUGCAUUGCAAAUUGAAGCGACCGAAAUAGGCCCAAAUGUCCUUAGCUGCUGAUAGAGAAGAUCCAUUUCUGUGAGCUGAGUAAUAUAGCCGAUGAUUUCAGGAGCCAAGUCUAGAUUGAAACUAAUAUUGUGCAUCAGAGAUUUCUUGAUCUCAAAAAUUGCAAUUUCUUUUUUUCUGAUUCCAAACUUAAACAAUGUAGAUUUGAUUUUGAUCGUGUCAAAUCCUUCUUCUCCAUAGAAGUGGAAUUUAUCAGACACCUUUGAAAUGGGCACUGAAUUUGACCGGAAAAUAUCAGUCGGUGUGGUUGUAUCAUUAAUUAAAAUGACAUUAUCAGCAUUAGGGGUGAUUCCUGCGCCUGAGAUUAGGGGGACAUCUGGGGCCUCGGAGGGAACUUUGCCACACGGAAGUAAGUCUGCCGGAUCGGCAGAGGAUCCCAAUCCCUGCCGGAUCGUGUGGAAGGGUGGAGGGCAGCCUAUCGUUGGUUACCAGAAAAGCCUCCCAGCUCUGGCUCUUUUUCUGCAGCUGUUACCAGCCCAUGCGCAGGAUUUGGAAAUAUUAGUCUGGAGUUGACUCGGAGGUUGGUGUCCGUAGCUGGCAGCUAUCACCAGAGACCCUACCAUUGGAGCCCUAUUCGCUGCUCGACUACCGGCUACGACUCCCGGUGCAGGUGAGAGCGUCGACGAAGAUGGUUCAGAGCCAGAGUUUUCCGCCCCGAUGGUAGUCUUACCAGGGUGGACUCUAGAUCCCUGCGGAUAACGUCCAACCUGUGAGGCAUAGAGGUAGUAGAAAUUCGUCCCAUCUUACUUUCUGGCGAAAGUGGGGAAGGUAGCGGACAGAAAGGUGGUGAGCUUUCAAUAUCACCGACCUCAAUAGAGGUUGGGAUGCCACGGUGUGUUCGAUUCUCAGACCUGCGAUACUGGCCAUCCCUUUCCGAUCUAAGGAUUCGACAAUUGAAAUCGAGGGGGGGUUUCUUAUCAUGGUCAGGGCCUUUGAUGGAUUGAGGUGCGCUGGCUAAGAUGAGGGUUCAACGGCCUUCGCUUCCGGUGAAUUGUGCGCCAAGAGUGUUAUGGAUGCUUGGCGUGUUCCGGUUGAUGUAGCAGACGGCGUCCGGGGAAGAUCUGACAGCGUUGCGGUCGUUCCCUCAGAGGCGGUGCUGGGUACCAGGACUCUGGAUAUGCGUACGCUUGUUGAGAGCGAGAAUAGUCACCGUCCCCAGGUCCAGACGCAUAUGUUCUGGUUCUUUGGGGUCUUCGGUCAUGAUAUUUCCUGAUUUGGGGACGCUGAUUCCACUUUGGGAGACGGUAUUUGGCCGGUGGAGAGUCCCUGAAGCAUAAUUCAUCUACGUAUCGAGGGGAAUCCCAGUGAGUGUAAAAGGGGUUUUCAUUGAGUGGGUGAUGAAGAUUCCGGCGUGGGUGUGACUGCCGGAGGUCCAUUUCUGUCUUCAUUUUUUGUGUUGCGUGACACUCCUAUCUUGUUCACUUCCAUAUACUUCCAUACUCUUCCAUAAGAUUCUGGAAGAUUCCACACAUCUCCGGAAUAUUCUAGAGGAUUCCACACUAUUCUGCAAGCUUCUAGAGAGUUCUAGACUUCUCUAGGAUUCUCCGCAACGUUCUAGAAAAUUCUAUACUUCUUUAGAAAGCUUUAGAAAUUUCUAGAAUCUCUCCAAUUAAGGAGGGAUCCCAACACAUAAUACUACUAGAAACUUUUAUCAUUUUAUAAUUUCAUGAGGCUUAACAAUGUAUCAUAAAAAAACAAUGUAAAACUA